AAUUGAAAAAUAAAACCGGAGCCGAAAUCUGAUUUGGUCCGGAGCGUGUCUUUAACCCUAGCUUUCCAUCGCGGCGUUUCUUUCGCAGUCGCAUUGCUUUCUAACCAAAAUUCGAAAGGGCAAUGAGGAAGCUGAAACACAAGCCCAAAGAACCAGUCGAAACUCCCCGACACGACGCCGUUCCGCCCUCCUCGGGCGUUUUCACAACCCUCUUCGGCGACGUCCCGAAACAAAACGCCGCCUCCGUCUCUUCCAUUUUCUCCGACGACAAUCCAUAUAGGAGAAAGCCCCUUGAAUCAUCGACGCCCGGGCUAGGUUUUCCUCAAGCUGAAUCUCUCAGAAGAACUGACGAUGAUGGCAGGUCUGAAAGCCCUAAUCUUUCUGAUGAACUGAAUAAGAAGAAGAAGAAGGACAAGAGGAAGAGGGACAAGGAGAAGACGCCUGAAAAUCCUAUACUCGAGUCGGAUCCCGUCGCUGGAGCUUCGGGGACUGCAUUGGGGACGAAGAAGUCGAAAAAGGAGAAACCCCAAAACCUUAAUAUUGGAAAUGGAUCAAAUGGUGCAUUAGAAGACGGCAAAGAUGGAAACCCUAAGUUGGGUUCUGAGUCCAAUGGGGCAUCGGAGAAAGAGAGAGGGAAACCCGCUGAAUUAGGUCCCCAUACAAACGAAGAAGACCCUGAUUUGGAUUCAAAAGCAAGCGGUUCUCUUAAUAAUAUGAAUAAGAAGAAGAGGAAACGGGAUGAGCUUGAGAGAGAGUACGAGGCGAGGAAAUACGGUGCGGCAGAGGUGGAGGAGAGAGAAGAGGCAGAGGGAGGUUCGAAAGAGAAGAAGAAAAUUGUGGGGGAGAAAAGAAAAACAGUGGAUAAUGUGGAGGACAUGGUGGUUUCACCGGAUGGUUUUGACGAUGAGAGCAAGCUUUUGAGGACUGUGUUUGUUGGGAACUUGCCCCUGAAGGUGAAGAAGAAGGCUCUAACUAAGGAAUUCAAACAAUUCGGGGAGGUGGAGUCUGUCAGGAUCCGUUCUGUGCCUAUUGUGGAUACCAAAAAGCCGAGAAAGGGGGCGAUAAUUACAAAGCAAUUCAAUGAAGCUGUUGACAGUGUCCAUGCUUACAUUGUGUUUAAAAGUGAGGAAUCCGCUCAGGCUUCUUUGACCCAUAACAUGGCUGUGUUUGGAGGAAAUCACAUCCGUGUUGACAGGGCGUGCCCACCUCGUAAGAAGCUAAAAGGGGAGAAUGGUUCAUUUUAUGAUAUCAAAAGAACUGUUUUUGUGGGCAACCUUCCAUAUGAUGUAAAGGAUGAACAACUUUAUCAGUUGUUUUCUGGCAUUGACAAUCUGGGAUCCAGCAUUGAAGCAGUUAGGGUCAUUAGACAUUCUCAUAUAAGUUUGGGGAAGGGUAUUGCUUACGUCUUGUUUAAAACACGGGAAGCUGCAAAUUUGGUUGUUAAGAAACGGAACUUGAAACUUCAAGAUCGAGAGCUGAGAAUCUCUCAUGCAAGAAGAGAUUCCACCCCAUCUUCCACCCCAACUAAGAGGCCAUAUUCGUCACCUUCUCAGCCUGCUAAUUCUCCUGCUAAGAGGUUGGCUUUGGAUCGAACGACUUCAGAGGGCAAUAACAGGGCAAAUACAAAAGCUCCCCUGUCCUACCAGGGCUUGCGUGCAAGCAAAUCUGGUGUCCAAAAGAAAGCUCAUCCUAAAAGUAUUAGGUCAUUCAAUAUGAACUCUAAUAAUCAGAAAGGAGAGAAAUUGAAAGAACAGAAGGGGAAAAGACCGGCGGUUGCGGCUAGGAAGGUACAAGCACUAGCACAAGCGUUCAAGGUUGGUGGUUCAACAGCACAAGGAGGGGUAAAACGUAAGCCAGAUAGCCAGACACCAGAGAGCUUCAAGAGGAAGAACAAGAAAUUCAAGAAAUCCAAGUAGGUACAAGAGGAAAGAAAGACUCUUCAUAUUGUAGGCAUGACUCCGGUUAGAUGGGAAUGGCUGUAUGUUGAGGGGAUUAUUAUGAUGUCGGUAGCUUGUAUCAUGAAUUUAUGGUUGUCACAACUCCCUGCUAGGGAAUCUCAAAUAUUUCAAUUUGUUUCGAAAUGGAAAGUUUAAGUUCAUUGAA